CAUGGUGUGCACAGCACAAGAGAAGAUUAUAACUGUAACUCAGUUCUGGAUAGACCGUGAUCGAACCUGCUGCUCAUAUUUUGAUUUAUUUCACAACAUAUGUGCAAAUAAUAAGAAAUAAUUGAUUUUUGCAUAUGGUCACAGCAUUUCCAUGGACAGGAUUUACGCAGAUGAAGACAACAAGUUAUAGAAAUGAACAAUCAGUUUGCUGUGGCUGCUGACCUGAUUGACAUUAAGGGCAUCUCUCAUGUGACAGUGAAGAAGCUCCACUGUGUGCCAACCCACCAGCUGUGUGGCUGACCUGUUACCCUGCAAUGCUACGGCCAUCCAGUGCCUUUCACAGCUUAUGUCCAGCAUGGGCCACCAGAGGACUCCAGAUCCCUGACCAAAGCACUCAUAAAUAUACCUAUUUGUGUCUCUGGCCACUGUUGUAUACUGUAAGCUUCCUGUGCCUUUUCCCUGCCACCUCUGCUGCCACCGUUAGGGUUGGGGUGGUGGGUCCUUGGUCAUGUGACCCCCUCUUUACUAAAGCUCAGCCCGGCGUGGCUGCGCAGUUAGCUGUGGAUCACAUCAACAGGGACCCUUACCUCUCACAGGGCAUCACGUUUGAUUAUGUCAUCCUGGAGGAGGACUGUGAGACGUCCCAGGCUUUUGCCCGUUUCCUCGGUUUCUACACACGGGCGUCUGGGUUUAUUGGUCCGGUGAACCCAGGUUACUGUGAAGCUGCCUCUCUGCUAGGAAAGAGUUGGAAUAAGGCAGUGUUUUCCUGGUCUUGUAUUGGACAAGAGUUGGAUGACGCCCGUAGUCACCCUACGUUUGCCCGCACAAUGCCUCUACCCUCCCUCGUCCUGCUACGCUUCAUGCACCACUUUCGCUGGGCACAUGUGGGCAUCAUUACAUCAGCAGAGGAUGCCUGGUUUGAGGCGGGUAUAAAGCUGGCCAGUGCCCUGAGGAAUCAUGGGAUGCCUGUUAGCAUUGUGGCAUCUGUUCGUAAUGACCACACCAGCGUGCGUAAGACACUGGCCAGAGUCAAGAAAGUGGCAGAUCUCCGCUUGGUCAUCCUCGUUAUGCACUCGGUGUUGAUUGGUGGAGGAACCCAGAAGUUGCUGUUGGAGACAGCUUAUGACAUGCGGAUGACAGACGGCUCGCUGGUGUUUUUACCUUACGAUACGCUCUUUUACAGUCUGCCCUACCAUCAUGUAACCCAGCCUGCCCUGCGCCAUAACAGCAAGCUGCUACGAGCCUACGAUGCCGUGCUCACCAUCACUAUAGAGUCUCCACAGGAGCAGUCUUUCUACCAAGCUUUUGAAAAGGCCCAGGAGCAAGGAGAGCUUCCCAGGAACCUUAACCCACAGCAGGUGUCCCCAUUGUUUGGCACCAUCUACUCUUCCAUCGUGUUCAUGGCUCAUGCUGUGCAAAGUGUCAGGGCUUCAGGUCAGUGGAUGUCUGGGGGGAACAUCGCCCAGAAUGCCCGAAACCUGCUAUUCAAAGGUUUUAGCCUCCACGCAAACUUCUCUGACUUUGGCAUGCUGGACUAUGUGGUGCUGGACACAGAUGGCUUUUCUUGGGAGUUGCAACCUACAUACCAUAUUGAGAUGCAGACAGAUAUGGUGCGUUUUCUGGGACGGCCGAUUCAUUUCCCCCCAGCUGGACCACCAAAAACUGAUUCCAGCUGCUGGUUUACACAUGGGAUCAUCUGCCGUGGAGGUGUGAAUCUUUUACACAUGGUUUUAAUCUUCCUGUCUGGCUUUCUGUUCAUCUUCUUCUCAAUUGGCUGUUCUUACUGCAUCAGGCGUAAAAUUAGUAAGAUCCGAAUGGUGCGGGGUCCGAAUAAGAUUUUACUGACUUUAAAUGAUGUCACGUUCAUCAACCCAUCCCUGAGCAAUAAGAAGCUGAGUUUGGAUGACAGCAAGGCCAGUGACUCAAGAAUGAGCACUUCAGAGCGAAGCCUCAAGUCUCCAUUGUCUAUUCAGUCGCCAGCCACCUUCGAAAAUUCUAAUGUUGUCAUUUAUGAGGGUGAUUGGGCAUGGCUCAAAAGGCUGCCAUAUGGAAAUUUCCGGAGCAUCACUCCUCAUACCAGUGAUGUGUUUGAACUGAUGAAAGAUAUGAGGCACGAGAAUGUUAACCCCUUUCUCGGCUUCUUCCAUGACUGUGGAGUGUUUGCCAUAGUAACAGAGUAUUGUUCGCGCGGCAGCUUGGAAGAUCUGUUGCUCAAUGAUGACGUCAAACUGGACUGGAUGUUCAAGUCCUCUCUCAUUCUAGACCUCAUCAAGGGUAUGAAAUAUCUUCACCACAGGAACAUCUGUCAUGGAAGGCUUAAAUCCAGGAACUGUGUGGUCGAUGGGCGUUUCGUGCUCAAAAUCACAGACUAUGGCUACAACGAGGUGUUGGAAGCUCAGAGAUUUCCUUAUGUUGAACCUCCAGCUGAAGCCCUUCUGUGGACCGCCCCUGAGAUUCUGAGAGGACCCUACCCUGGCCUGUAUGGCAGUCACCCUGGUGAUGUGUACAGUUUCUCAAUCAUCAUGCAAGAAGUGGUCAUGCGAGGGCCUCCAUUCUGCAUGCUGGAGAACUCUUUUGAUGAAAUUGUCCAGAAGAUCCGGAAGCCUCCUCCAAUGUGCCGGCCCCUUGUGUCCCCGGAUCAUGCUCCCAUGGAGUGUAUUCAGCUUAUGAAGCAGUGCUGGAAUGAACAGCCAGAGAAGAGACCCACAUUUGAGGAAAUCUUUGACCAGUUCAAGAAUGUUAAUAAAGGGAAAAAGACCAACAUCAUAGACUCCAUGUUGCGAAUGCUGGAGCAAUAUUCCUCCAACCUGGAGGAACUGAUCAGGGAAAGGACAGAGGAGCUGGAAAUAGAGAAACAAAAGACUGAGAAACUCCUCACACAAAUGUUGCCCACGUCAGUGGCAGAGGCCCUGAUGCGGGGCACUACAGUCGAACCAGAGUAUUUUGACAGUGUCAGUCUUUAUUUCAGUGAUAUUGUCGGCUUCACCACAAUCUCAGCCAACAGCGAGCCCAUAGAGGUGGUCGACCUCCUCAAUGACCUUUACACUACAUUUGAUGCCGUAAUUGGCGAUCAUGACGUCUAUAAGGUGGAGACCAUUGGUGACGCUUACAUGGUAGCAUCAGGUGUGCCCAUGCCCAAUGAAAACCGACAUGCAGCCGAGAUUGCAAACAUGGCCCUGGACAUCCUGAGUGCUGUUGGCACCUUCAAAAUGAGACAUAUGCCUGAUGUACCAGUCCGCAUCCGCAUAGGACUUCACACAGGUCCCUGUGUGGCAGGUGUAGUGGGUUUGACCAUGCCACGGUACUGUCUGUUUGGGGACACGGUCACCACUGCUUCCAGAAUGGAGUCUACAGGAUUGCCGUACAGAAUCCAUGUCCAUUCCAGUACAGUGAAGGUCUUGAUGGAGCUGAAAUUGGGCUACAAAGUAGAGCUGAGAGCCAGAACAGAACUCAAGGGCAAAGGUGUAGAAGAAACCUACUGGCUCACCGGGAGAGAUGGCUUCACCAAACCACUUCCCGUGCCGCCCAUACUCAAGUCAGGACACGAAUCAAAAGAUUUUAAGGUGAUGCUUAAGAAGGCAGUGAGGAAGAUCUCCACCGUGCGCCAGGUGGCUCAGAUCACCCUAGCCGAUGAGGGCAAUGUCAUGAUACACCAUCACUGAUGACCUUUAACCUUUGCCUUUUUGACCCCACACCUGCACGCAGAAUGAAAUGGAACGUGGAGAAACAGAGAACAAGCUGAAAAGGCUUGUUCUCGGCCUGUUUUUCUUUUAAGAGCACCUGAAUGGGCAAGCUUGUGUGUACAGUUUACUGAACAAGAACAUCUCUUUGUUAUUGUAGAAACUCAGACUUUUCGGUAGACGUUUCGCUAUGAAGAAGCUUUCAAUAUAUCAGACCAUACUGAAACUACACGGCUUCUCAUAAGCUUCUCAUCUGGAGCCUUGGUGGUCCAGCUCACUCAUCAUGCUCAUCGUAAACAUAUACAUCUAUCUGAGAAGCCGCAUAUCUCUAUUCUCAACAUGAGAAUAGCACCUUUAUGAAAUGAACCAAAGUCUCACAAGGAGCUAAAUUUACCCAGUGGGAAUCCAUUACUCAGCACGAGGGGGGUCAGGUCCGGCUCAAAGACUCAACACAUACAGUGCAUUCACAUCAUUCACUUGCAGAUUAUCCCUCUUAGUAAACAUGUUUGUGACUAGAGAAAAUAGUACAUUUAGUAUUGCGAUAAACUAUUGUGCAACCAGCAUUAAUAUGGUGCAUAUGGUUCUAUGACGAUCUAUGAUUUUAGAUUUAGAGUUCAGUUUUACCAUGGGAUUUUAGUUGAUUUUUUCCCCUCAUAGAUGAUCAAUUAGCAUAAUCCAUAAUAGGAUUACCAUGAAAACCCAAAGAAUAUCACAAUAUGUAUUAGAAUGCAUAUUUGCAAUGCAUGAGCGCAUCGUGGUGGUUGUCGAAUCAGAUUUAGUUAGACGUAAACUAUGAUUUGUAUGUACAUACUACAGUUCAAAAGUUUGGGGUUAGUAAGAUUUUUAAUGUUUUCAAAAGUUUCU